AGCUGUUGCGAUACAAACAAAACAAACAAUUUUUUUAUUGCGAAAACAUCUAAAUUUUUGUUUUAUAAAAUGCUACUGGCACCAGCUGUCCAAUCUCUGCCCACCCUACACCAGCCGCUCCACUCGAAAGUAUCCAAUUACCUCAACAAUCAGCGACGUACGGGCCAGUUCUGUGAUUUGCUGCUGGAAUUGGAUUCGGACGAGGCGUUGAGCCUCAGCGUGCACUUUUGUGUCCUGGCCGCUCAGAGUAAGCUCAUUGGCACCAACCAAAAGCAGCAGCAGUUCUCCAUACACAAUCCGCUGAAGAUAACCAUCCGCAAUUUCGCCUGCACUCAAUGCCUGCACACAAUUGUGGACUUUUUUUACGAGGACAUUGUGUCCGUUUCCAAGGAGCAUGAGAAGCAUUUCCGGGAGCUGGCUAAGAUAUUGGCCGUGACGGAGCUCUUAAACUUGUACCAGAUGCAGCCCGUGGACGAGGUUAGAGACACAUGCGAGGCGACGACCCCCGGAGAGGCUGAGGUAAACCUGGAACCCACAAAGAAACCCGAAGAUCUAUUUGAGAAUCAACAGAGCUUCUUCAAGCUGAAGAAUCCCCGGGCAGUAAAAUCCAGCAGCAAGGUUAACUAUUGUAUUGGCUGUGACUUCAAAUGCUACCAAGUGCAGAAGAUGAUUGAGCACAUGAGCAGCUGUGAGCCCUCGCAUCUAACCUGUUCCCUGUGCGAGGUCGGCUUCCUGGACUGGCGAGAGCAUGACAAGCAUCUUCGCCGCCACUCUGGAGAUCUGCGCAAGCCCUUCUUUUGCCUAGAAUGCGGGAUUCACUUUACCACCAGAGCUGCUCUCCUGGUACACCAACCCAAGCACUCUACGGAAACGCCGCACAUCUGUCCGCACUGUGGGAAGGGCUUCAAGUGGAAACAGGGCCUCAGUAAUCACAUUUUAGUCCACAAUCCGGAGAAGCAAAUGCUCUGCGAUGUGUGCGGCUAUAGCACCACCCAUAUGAAGGCACUCAAGUCGCACAAAUUGCUCCACACGGGCGAAUUCUUCGCCUGCACCGUGUCGGGCUGUAAGCAUCGGGCCAAUCGCAAGGAGAACUUGAAGCUGCACAUAGAGACGCAUAAGCAGGGACGGGACUUUAUUUGCGAAAUAUGCGGAUGCAAGUUUAGCCAGAGCAAGAACCUCAAGCGACAUGCUCUCAAGCACACAGAAAACGGGCUGAAUCGCUACAAAUGCCAGUUGUGUGGCUUUAGUAGUCAUCGAUCCGACAAGAUGAAAGAGCAUGUGCAGCGUGUGCACACCGAGAAGGCGGUGCAGCUGGAACUGUCUGAAUCAGUGGAUAGUUCAUUUGAGAACAAAAUGCCAGAUGAUUUUGACCUCCCCAUGAUCGAAGACACUCUGCCGCCGGGCAGAAAGAAGCAAAGAGAACCCAAAGGUUCCCGCAAGCAGACGGAAGAAAACACUUCAUCAAGCGAGAAGCGCCUGAAAACGCUGCUCCCCAAAGAAAGUUUCAAAUAGUAUAGCCCCUAAAUUGAAAAGUCAAACUGAUUGAUAAUAUUCUGUGAAAGGUUGUACACUCUACAAUGUAGACUCAAUACAAUGUAAGGGGAAUGCUUUCUUAUCGAGGAAUGCGAUAACGAUUCCGUUCUAUUGCGUUGUUUCUCUCAAAGCAGGUGGAACUCCACGACAUCUGCUACCUCAAGUGACUAAUGAACCAUAACCAGAGCAAUAGUUGACAGCACUAUCUUAUCAGACCGAAGGAGGGAUCCGUACGUAACCAGUGUUGUUCAUAAAAAACAAUUAGAGCAAAACCAAUUAAAAGCUUUAUAUCAAAAUAACAAAAAAUGGAUUGGAGUGAGAGAGAACUGGGUCAGCGGAUCGGGUUCUGACAAGCCCACUUCUAUAUGUAGAUCAGUGCGUACGAUCACGUUUCCCGAUCAAAAUCAAAAAUAGUAUUUGAAAUGUAACGGAACGUUUCCGAAGAUGAUGCAAUUUGAAUGCACCCUCGGGGUCACAUGAGGGCGGACCAAGGUGGGUGGCAAGCGAAAAGUUUAUAUAACAACCGCUUGCUCGGCCCUACCUGCCCCUCCAGCUGUUUGAAAACGUGUAUAUUAUGAGAAUAUUCUGAAAUAAUUUAAAUAAAUGGACAAGGCAAAGAAAA